GGAUUCGGAGUCCCGACAACAACGGAUCGAGAUCUAGACGUCCAAGGUUUGAAACAACAACAACAAUAGGAGCAGCAAUAACAACAAGAACAACAACAUCGACAACAACAGCAGCAAAAAAAAAGAACAAACUACAAACGUAAUCAAAGCAGCAAUCAAACGAACUGCAAGUGGAGGCAAAGUCUCAGAGAGAGAAAAAGAGCGGGAGAGAGAGCACAGCAAAACCAGAGAGAAAGAGAGGAGCGCAUUCAGCUUUUGGCCAGCAAGCGCGUUGUUGGUGAAAACGGAAAUCUCGUAUACGCCGUGUGAGCAGCGGCAACUGACUCAGCGGCUAUAAACCACAGAUAUUUGCCAUCCAAUGCGCUGAGUGGGCGGCACUUUGCUAUUAACUCGUAUUUGAACGCGCCCUAAGAACUUCAAGUUGUGGGCGUGGCAGACAUAGAGGUAGCGGCGCCCAGGAACUGGACGCAGAAGACACAUUUUCAAACUGCAGCCGGCUAAAAAUUCAGCUUCAAGACGUCUUGCAAACGGCUGAAAAUGGAGAAGACUCCCCGGUACACACAGCGGGAGCGCAAUAUGGUGCUCGGGUAUGCGGCCCAGUACAAGGAUGUGAUUGAGAACAAACGCACGGAUGCCGAAUCGAAUCGGAAAAAGGACGAGGUUUGGCUGCAAAUAGCCAAGGAUUUCAACUCCCAUGUCUAUCACCAGCGCAGUGCCAAACAGUUGCGUCAAUUGUAUAAGAAUAUGAAGCUGCUGCUGAAGAAGGAUCUCUGUGGCGAGGAUAAGGGUAAUCGUUCCUUCAUGGAUCUGCUCAACACAUUGUCGCAACAGGAAUCUGUCGCCCAAUAUAUAGCCGAACAAAUGUCCCCCGAUGGUGCUGGCGCCAGCGGAGGUGGCGGCAGCGCCUACGCUGUCGGCGGCUUGGCAGGCACCAACGGACGUCAGUCCCAUGACUAUGAUGACUCAAAGAUGUACGAUGCCUUGGAAGAUGAAGUUGUGUUGGUGAAGUCGGAGACCUUUAGCGAUCAUGAGCAAAGCGACAAUGGCAUGGAUUGUGGAGAUGAUGAUGAUGACGACGAUUGCCUCAGCUCGAAAGCGCCCGAAGUGUGCCUCGAGGUGGACGAGGAUGUGCUUUAUGCCACAGACCUGCGUCAGCUGCAGCAACAGAAUUCAAGCCAAUCGGGCAACAACAUGAAUGCCAACAGCCUAGGCCCCACACAAAAUGGCUGCGAAUCGAGUAGUGGUGUUGGUGGGAACAGUAACAACAAUGGCAGUGCCACCAUUGGUCCGCGUGCUGCCAGCUCUCCAGUGUGCUCCACAAAGACUUCGGUGUCCUCCACAGGUAGCUAUUUGUCGGGUGCAGCGCCGAAGCCUGAGGUCACAAUCCCGAACAUACGUGUUGGGGCAUUUGCCAAUAUUAACAAUGUGCAACAGAAUGGGAAUGCCAAAAACAACAAUAACAGCGUUAGUGGCGGCGUUGGAGCCACCUCGGCUCAGCCGGCGCUCAGUCCGAGCGCCCAUUCCAACGGAGCGGUCAGUGCGAAUGGCAAUGGCAAUGGGAGCGGCCUAAAUAGCCGUUUCUUGCCACCAACGGCGGAGCAAGUGCAGCAACAUUUGCUGCUCAAUGGCCUAGGUCUGUCUGCCGUCCAUCCGCCACACCACACCCUGCAAUCGGCCAUCAAUGCAGCGACCAGUGGAGCGAACAGUGCGCGCCUGACAGCGUCAACGCUGCAACUGCCACGCCUACAACGUGGUGGUGGUGGACACACGAACGCCUCAUCGACCGCUGCCACAGUGAAUGGCUUGCCACUGAUACUCAAUGGACAUCAGGGGAACAAGGAGCGGGAGCCGAAAACACACUCCAAUGGAAAUGCUGGAAACUACAGUGGUUUCAAUGGCAAUGCGAACAUCAGCGGCAACACCAGUGGCGGUCCAGGCAGCGGGAACAGCACCCGAGGUCAGCACAAUGAGUACAUGAUGACGUUGUCCAUCGAGAAGCGGAAGCGUGAGAUUGAGCUGCUCAAUGCACAAAUCGAGUAUUGGCAGACGCUCACUAAGAAGUUGGACGGGCAGGCUGGACAUUUUCCAACACCUUCAUGUGCGUGUCACUUUCCCGGUAGUGCCGGAUCCGGUGGCACUGGUGUCUUGCAAACGCAGGCGAGUGGCAGCUAGUCCGAAGCGGAUGAUGACGAGGAGGGGGACGGC